AUGCCUGACUGGAAAGAUCGCUCGAACCCCCAGUUCGGCCGGCGGCGCGCUGUCGCCAGGCGGCAGGGCGCGGUCCGGGUCCGGCCGGGAAGCGCGUGGCAGCGGGCCCUCGCGGUCGCGCGCGAGCGUCAGCCGCGGCACUUUGCCGAGUGGCAAGCAUCGGAUGCAGUGUGCCACCGCCGCCGCGCCAUCGACUUCCGCGCGCUCCCGCGGUCGUGCGAUCCGCUUUGGGGCGGCGGCGUGCCGCCGAUCCGGGCCUGGCGGAAGCGGCGCCAGAUCGAGAACGUCCUGGGGCCGCUCGCAGAGCUGACGGCGCUAUUGAAGCGACCGGCGCACAUCGUCGACUUCUGUGCCUCGAGCGGCCACGUCGCGCUGCCGGCCGCCGCCGUGCUGAAGGGCGUCACCGUCGAGAUCAACGACCUGCGCGAGCGGCCGAUCGACAUCGCGCGCGAACGCAUCGCCGCGCUGCCCCCGGCCCUGCGCGCUCGUUGCACGGCCCGCGUCGGUUCCACGGAGACCCAUACUGGGCCCUUCGACAUCGGCGUGGCGCUCCACGCCUGCGGCGUGGCGACGGACGUGGUGCUGGAGACCUGCCUGCGCCGCCGCGCGGCCUUCGUGCUCGUCCCGUGCUGCGUCGGCCGGCUCGCGCAGCGGGCGAACAGAGGGCGGAACGCCCGGUCGAGUCUGCCGAAGACGGAGGCCUUCGCCGCGUGUUUCGAUUUACCCAAGUCGGCGGUCUGGCGCGGGGCCCUCAGCUCGGACGAGGCCAAGGCGCUCGCGCGCGCGGGCGACUGCACGGCCCGCGACAAGUUGACGGCGGACGACCGGGAGCGUCGCGCCUGCAAGACGGUGAUCGACGGCGACCGCCUCGCGCUCGCCGCGGAGCGCGGCUACACGGUCUCGCACUUUUUGAUGCGCCCGUUCGGCAUCACGCCGAAGAACGAUGUUAUUGUAGGGUACCCGUCCGAGUGGAGGAGUCCAGUCUGACCGCGUUUUUUUGUAAGUUGUGUACCAC